AUGUGGCUGCUCUCGCUGCGGGAUGGGCAGCUGACUCUUCUCUACGGCCACGUCGACGACAGGCCACCCUGCCCCCGGGGAGCCUCUGCUCUGGGAGAGGGGCCCGAGGACAACCAUGCCUCCCUGCAGGCUCCCGAGUCCCGAGGCCUGGUCACACGCAGGGCCGCCCAGCCACCCAGCUCAGAGAUUGUGCAGUGCACGACCCGCACCACCGUCUGGGCAGCCCUGCCCUGUGCUGUCGGCCUCCCGAAACUCCCUCCUGCCUCCUUUCCCCCUGAGGCCGACACGGACUUCUGGCCAGCUGGGGGUCUCCUCUGUCUCCGCUUCUGGGCUGGGGCCUCUCACACGGCUUUAAACCCCUCACCCCGUCCUCACUCCUCUAGAAGUGCCCACUGUCUGACCACCCAGCAGCAGCGCUGGCGGCCUGCACACUUGCCCCACCAGCUGGCUAUGGGACCCCGGGUCCUGAGCCUGGGCGGCUGGCGGGACUUGGCGCCACCAGCUCGUGGCCGCCUUCCUGUGCCCAUCCACCUGCUGCUCAGCCUCGUGUGCGGCAGGCCAGCUACCCUGGCCUUCCACCACCCGAGUGCAGUUGGACGCCUCAGCAGGGAGGAGAGACAGACGGACAGGCAGAGGACAGACAAGCAGAGAGAGAGAGAGUCGGCAGCGGGGCUGGACACGAGGCAGGGUGAGCGGAGGGGGGCGAGCCCAGGGCGGCGUGGAAGUCAGGUUCGGCCGCGGAGGCACCUCUCGCCUCCUCUCGUCCUGAGAACCGGCCCCCUCGCAGCGGCCUCUCUGGGGACUCGGCUUCUCUCUGAGGCGGAAGCAAACCCGCCAGCCCGCGGCGCCCCGAUGUGUGCGGAAUGGAUUCUGGAAGUCUGGGUUCCGGACAAGAGGGGCCCGCGGGGCCCGGCGGUCACGGCCCGGCGGAAGCGCACAGUCCCGGCUUCUGAGAGCGCUGUCCGCGCCGGCUGCGGCAUCCAUCGGCGGCGCUCAGCCACGCAGACAGACGACACUCACCAUAUGGUUUGUCUAAGAAACGGAGCGGCCUAG